AUGUAUUGGAAAGAUGUGUAUGGUAUUGAUCGAGAAUCACCACGCAGUCAGUAUAUAGGAUCGCUUGAAUUACCAAAUGGUCGAUGUGUAGUUUAUCCCAAUCGAUACCAACACAAAGAACAAUCAUUUGAACUUGCAGAUCCAACUCAACCAGGACAUUUGAAUCCAGCCUGUCGGAUUGUUUCGACUGCGCAUGUGGCUCCACAACAAUCACAAUGGUACAACUCGAGUCUUGACAAGGCACACGUACCGCCUGGACUGUGGAAUGAUGCCACGCAGUAUAUUCAAGGUGUUCAAUCACCAGCUAAAGCCAAACACUAUCGAGAUGAAUUGACAAGUGACCGAACUCAAAUCACAGCGGCAUACAACAAAUACAGAUAUGAGCGGGCGUAUAGUGAUUGGUGA